CGGCCGGCAAUGGGACGGUGUUCUUGCUGGAGUGUAGCUACUGCCCCAGUGUUGAGUGCACGCGCGUGGGGCUUGUGUGCGCGUGUCUGGUUUAUUGGCCACUGCCCCUUCGUCACUUCGUGUUCAUGACACCUGCCUAGUAACUAAAGUUUGCCUUGAUAUCUAUGUAAAGUAACCUUGUUUUAUGAAACUUAUUGCUAAAUGGUGCUUCGAUAAAGUGUAACUUAAUCAAACUGGCCAAUAACUGUGUAUGUGAAUUCGGGAGAUAGUUUUGCAAGUUUAUUAACAAUUGUGUAGUAAAAUUAUCAAGGCUCCUAAUCAUGGCAUCAAUUCGUUCAAUCCGUGCAGGCUUGUCACGUUCAUAUCAUUCCCUCAAUACCUUGGCGAAUGACGGGAAUGAUAAUGACAAGUUGUACGACCGUAGCUCCUCUACGGACUGGAUAGGCGUCGACAACUUCAAGAGCAGCAAAAAUGGCAAUUCGCCGUUCUCGGUUAUAAAAAAUGCCAUGGCUAAAGUAUCUAGGGGUAAACAGAGUAGCGCCUCGCGGGUGUCCGUUAUACUGAGGGAGUUAGACGACGAGUGGACUAUUAGUGAAGAUCCUGCUGAAGGACGCACUUUCCUAGGGAAACUCCGUUCAUCUACCAAGAUGCCGUCCUCCAUCGCUGUGUCCGCCGAACAGGCCUCCCUCCUAGGGACCAUGCCAAGUGAUGCACUGGAUGACAUAGAACUAAGACACGUACAAUUGUCCGUCUCCAAUUCACGCUCGUUGAGUGAAGACGGCUCAACGGGCUCGAAGGAGACCAUAGAGACCCAGCAUGGCCCCAUCACUGUGGCAGUGUCUGGGGAUACCUCCAAGCCUGUCAUCCUCACCUACCAUGAUCUGGGCCUCAACCAUGUUACUAACUUCCAGGCAUUUUUCUUGUACCCAGAGAUGAGGAAUAUUCUUAGCAAUUUCUGCAUUGUUCAUGUUAAUGCCCCAGGUCAAGAGGAGGGAGCUCCAACACUUCCAGAAGGAUAUGUGUAUCCAACGAUGGAAGAACUCUCGGAAACUGUUACAUGUGUCAAGAAUCACUUCCAUCUUCGCAGUUUCAUAGGAUUCGGUGUGGGUCUAGGGGCUAAUAUCCUAGCACGAUAUGCCACUAAGUACCCUUGUGAUGUGGAUGCUCUGGUCCUAGUUAAUUGCUCAUCCACUCAAGCUGGAUGGAUUGAAUGGGGUUACCAGAAACUUAACAUCCGCCACUUACGUGCUGGCACUAUGACGACGGGCACAGUUGACUACCUCCUCUGGCAUCACUUUGGCAAGAGAGAGGAAUGCAACCAGGACCUGGUAACUGUUUACCGGCAGCACUUUGAAAAGGCACUUAAUGCCACCAACCUUGGCCUUCUUGUCGACUCCUACAUUAGACGCACCGAUCUUGGUAUUGUACGAGAGCUUGACCCCAACAAAAAGAAGGAUGUUCGCAUGAUCCGGUGCCAGGUGCUGAAUAUUACUGCCAACCAUUCUCCUCAUAUUGAGGACACAGUCACCUUCAAUGGUAGACUUGAUCCUACGCUGUCCACAUGGAUGAAGAUCCAGGAUUGUGGAUUAGUCAUAGACGAAGCUCCAGGCAAGGUAGUUGAAGCCUUCCGUCUCUUCCUCCAAGGGCAGGGCUAUGCGGUGAGUGGGUCCCGGCGAUCCUCAGCUGUGUCGAUUGGAGAAGGUAAAUCGUGUUGAACGCAUCACCCAUCAUCAAAAAAACAAGCUUUGUCGGUGCACAAUCGUGGCAUUGGUUCCCGACAAGCGUCUCUCGCUUCAGUCAAUGGAUCUGCAACAUGCGUGAAGGAUAUCCGAAUUACAGAAAAUCCCCUGCAAAACCCCACAGUAUGAGCAUUGGCAGUAGCAUCUCUACUUGGGACAAAGAGCGAGAGGCAUUUAUCAAGACCAUCAUAUCCUCGAUUUGACAGUGGUACCAUGACUUCAGUCAUAACAUCUUGCAGUGUCAGCCAUCGUGGAAGAGGAGGAAGACAGGGUUUUAGUAUUGACAAUGGUGCAGGAGGAAUACUGCACUUUUAUUAAUGACAUAACUUUUUUAACAGGUAAAACUUGGUGAUGGCAAGUAAAGAUUGUUAUAUUUUAUUUGAGAUUUUUUAAUUUGUUUUAAUUUUAAGUGUAGAAGUGAAGUGAAGUGAAUAAUUUGUCUGCCAUGACAAUUCGGAUAGUAUAGAUUUAGAGCAGAUAUGUUAAUAGAUAAGCUUUGUUGUUGCUAUCAUUUAUAAGGCUUUUGUUGCUCAGGAGGCCUCUAUAGGUUUAGAAAAGCAUUUAAAUAGCUUUUGUUCAGCACAACCUUGAGUAGUUGCCUUUUAAUAUGAAGGAGAAGAUGACUAUGAUUAUCUGCUUUGCAUAUAAUUAUUAGAAUAAUACAGUAAAUGCUUAAAACUGUAGAAGCAUUAAAGUAAUUUGAUAGUUCAUAUGCUUCCUAUAUCAUUGUCAGUAUUACAUUUCUGCUUUUUCAUAUAAGAAAUUUUCUUCGCCAUUUUGUAUUGAAAAAGAUGUGUACAGUGCUAUGCAACUGUAGUAAUAACGAGAGGCUGUAGUGUAACUAUAGUAUAACUACUUAGUGGCACAAACUAUAAUAUUGCAACAUAGUUAUCCAAUUGCACAUUUUAAUUUUGCAUGAACCAAUUUUCUCAGUUUGUGUUAAAAUUAAAUUAAUUUCUACGUUGUAAUUUCUCACAAUUUAUGAUGUAUUAUUUGGUCAUAAUGUUUACAAGCAAAAAUUGCAUUGUUAUUAAUCCAUUUUGAUACGUUGGUUUUGGGAAUCAAAGCACUGAUGCAGACCUCUCGGUGAACAUUAUCUAGUCAGAUUUGGUAAUUGUAUGAAUGGCACACAAGGGUGAAGACCUUACAAGAUGUUUGUACAAUAUUUUGUUCAUAUUUAGAAUGUAUCCAGUAUCAUUUGUUCAUUGUUUUAAAUUGUCUAAACUUCUAUACAAAUAAUUUGUCCAUUGUUAAAAAGAUUCAUUGAAUUUCCCUUGGAUAGCAGUAGGCAACCAGAGUUUCAUUGUUACUAGGGCUUAUGAAGAUUCGUUAAGCUUCAAAGCUGCUGCUCAUAUCAAGUGAGAGCUUCACUAGGAAGCUCCAUUGCCUGGGCUGCCUCAAAGGGGGAUAUGGUGGGGGUCGUGGUUCUGUUUUGCAAGAGGUAAAAUCCGUGAGAACUCUGGAAAAUUAAUGAAAUAACUUGUGUAUAUAUACUGUAGUUAUCAGUGUUAAAAUCUUAUAAAAUCAGUGAAUCCCCAUGUAAACCCCUCUGCUGAACUGUUAACAUCUUUUACAUGCAACAUUGUUUUAUUUGUAUUUUUUUAAUUUUUAAACAGUUUAAAAGGAAACGUCUUUAAAGCCCAUCCUCCUAUUGAGACUACAUAUAAUGAUUAUAUCAUACAAUGUUAUACAAUACAUGUGCUAGUUUAUGUACAAAAUAAUAGCUUUUUUCACACAAACUGUGUACAAUUUAUCCUAUGGGGAUAGUCAUGGAAAGAAAAAAAAUACAUGUACAGUAACAAGAAAACUAAAACAGCCUGGCCUAGGUGUAUGUAUACACACAAUGUGCAUGAGCAUAAAUACACAAGUGAGUGUGCUAUACAUUGCCCAAUUAGACUAUUCCUGAUUUUGUGGUGAAAACUAAAUAGUUUUUCUGUACAAAAUAAGAGGUUGUGGCCUUUUUGAUGUGAAGUAGUUCAUAUUUUGUGCAUAACCUAUUGUUAUAUUGUUAUAACAGGACGAGUUGAAAUUGUUCUUAGAAUGUCGAUUAAAAAGCUGCAACAGUUAUUACUGAACUGUUACAAGAUAAGGGUUUUUGCUAUGUUUCACACAUACAGGUGAAAUACCACAUGCAUUUAUCGAGGGGUGAUAGCUUUCAUUUUGCAAAUUAUGUAUUUUUUUCUUUUAAUCAUACAAGACAUUGAUAAUUUUAUAUUCCAGUACUGUAUUAUCAUCUUAGCUCCCUUGAAAAAAAGGUUUAUCUGCAAAUGUGUAUAUAUGUCAAUUGUAGAUACAUUGACACCCUGUGGUGUCUCCUCCUUUCUCUUGAAUAGGUUGGCAUUGAUGCUUGAAGAGCGCACUGGGAGUGAUUAUUUGGUACAGUACCCUAUUUGUCGGAUUUACUCUCAUUCAUAGUCUGCUAGUUGUGAUGUGUUGCUAAUUUUAUUGCCAAAUUAUUUUACCUUUAUUUCAUGUACUGUAUUUUAUCUAAAGGAAAAAAACUUUAAGGAAAUACUUGUUAAAACUCGUAGCAAAAUGGGUUCACAAAACAGUGUAAUCAUACAAACAUAAAAUGUAGGCAUUUUGUAGCGACUGCUUGGUUCUUGUAACCUUUCUUAAAAUUAGGUUUAUAUUUAUUACAAUGUACUGUAUUAGAGAUUUACUGAAAUCCACGUAUCUUGGAAUAUGUGGUAUUUUAAGUUUUUAAUGUAAUGAUUGUAUUAUACUGUGACAUAGUAUGUUAAAAGCAGACUUCUGCACCCAGGGUGAUCAUUCCAUUACUUGCAGAAACCAUACCCUGUGCAAUGAUCAAAUAAAUAUGUACUCGCA